AUGGGGGCUCUCGAUGUAGGAGUGGGUCAGGUGAUGGCUGUGCUGCUUGCCACUCUGAAACUGCUGGGAGUGUUGACCUUUUCCUUAGGCUCCAUCAGGCUUAUUCAGGCCAGUGCUUACUAUGGGAUCAAGAAGCUGCCACCAGAGAUGCCACCACAAAUUCCACAGUAUACAACCCUGGGCCAGAAAGUACCUCACCAGCCUUUUGACAAAGAUGGCAUUAGCAUAGAAACAAUAGAAUAUUCCAUUUUACCAGUAGAACAAUAUCCUCAAGAAGAGAAUGGAGACCCCGAUAAUGACACACCCACAUUCUUCACUGAGCUCACAACUCCCUUCCCGCCUGUCGGGGAGCCCAUCAGGUUUGACCAUGUGCUCUAUGAUGAUGGACAGAACUACAACCCACAGACUGGCUUCUUCAUCUGCGAGGUUCCUGGGGCCUACUACUUUGCCUACCAUGUCCGCUGCAAGGAGGGGAAAGUGCAGGUGGCCCUGUUCAAGAACAACGAGCCCGUGAUGGACAUGUAUGAGAAGUUCAAGAAGGCCCCGAACCAGGUCUCUGGGAGGUUCAAGUUAGAGCUCAACCCUGGAGACUACGUGUUUGUCCAGAUGCUCUCGGAACAAGCUGCAGGGCAGUGCACCGGGCAGCAUGUCCAUGCCUCCUUUUUGGGCUAUUUAUUGUAUCCCAUGUGA